AUGCCAAACGAUGUUCUGCUGUGUCGUUUUCGUAUUGGACACGAAACUGAACUCUUAGACAAGCCGACAUCCAGCGGCCACACCCACAGGUGGAAGGUGUUCGUUAGAAGUCCCGAGAACUGCCCCGAAUUGGUCGACCGCUCUUAUGUGAGGAAGGUCACCUUUGUUCUCCAUGACAGCUUUUCGAAUCCGAAGAGAACCGUUCGUAAUCCACCGUUUGAGAUCACGGAAACUGGUUAUGGAGGAUUUGAUAUGGUUAUAAUACUCCAUUUGCAGAAUUGCCAAAAGUCUUUCUCCAUUAGUUAUGAGAUUUCUUUGCCUAUGGGUAAGUGGCUGUCUAUCAACAAACCAAGGUAACGGCCUUACAGAAAAACACUCAACGAAAUUUCUGGAUCACCGAGUAGAGAUUAAAAACCCGGAGAAAGAAUUGGUUGAUUUGAGUCUAAAGUACGGUGCAAAGCUGUCUAAGAGGAAGGAGAAGUCCGAAAAACCAGAAAAACAGAAGGAAAAGUCUGGUGAUGACAAGAAAAGGAAAACGAAACCCGAGAAGGAUAAGGUACCGGCUUGUUCUACCCCAACUGGAAGCCAAAAAGUUAAUAAGCCUGAGGGAAAAAUCAAGAUUGAAACGCUUGAAGUCAACAAAGAAAAGGCAGAAAAGAAGAAUGACAAAUUGGAAAUCAAAGUACAAAAGGAAGACACUAUUGGAGAACCUAAGUCUAAAAAGCCGAAGAAGAGUAAGAGUGAUCCAGAGAAGACCAUGCUCUCAGUCGAUGAUUUAUUUAAUCCAGCACCGCUUGUUGAGAAAUCAAAAGGAUCGAGUAAGAUUUUAAAUUAGCAAUCUAAAAACAAUUUUAAAGCAUAUAAUGGUGGUCACUGAAGUUUUUUGACUUUUAUAUUGGCUGUUGGGUCGAAUUUCGGUGCAAAAAUGGGUUGAGGUUGUUAAGUCGGCAACUUGACGCGCCAGUCACGUUGUGAAAUUGCCGUCAUUUCAAAAUUGUUCUAUCAUUGUGAUUUUCAAAUUGAAAUUUUUUGGAAAAUUUUUGUGGAUUUUGCUAAAAAAUCGUAUGAAUUUAAUAUUUUUAAGAACUAGAAAUUGUCCCUUCUUUUCAAGACGGCCGACGAAAUCAGUAGUAAAACUAUUUGCGACUAAUAUUAACGGUAUUCAUCAUAGUCUACGUUAAACUCGCAUUUGAAAGCUUCGUAUAUCAGAAUUUUCAAUUCAGCCAAAAUAACGGCAAUUUGACGUCAUUUUGAAAAAUCCUUUCAAAUUAAGAACCCUAGUUGACAUUGAUUUUUAAAAAUCUUUUAUUUUAUCCGCGCAACGAGUUUCCAAAAUCUGCACUGGGUUUUCGCAAAUUUUCGAGCUUUUUUCGUACUGAUUUUUCAAAAUAAUGUCAACCCAUUUUUGCACCGAAAUUCGACCCAACAGCUAAAAUAAAAGUCGAGAACUUCUGUGACCACCUUUAUAAAAGGGGAGCGCGCGGUACUCCAUUUCGCGAAUUUCGGGCCUCGUCGCAGAAAACCGCGAUUUCUUGUCUGCGUUGCCCUCUUCCGAACUCUCUCCAAAAAACUCCGAACUCUCAACCUUUCCUCAUUUUCACCAAAAACUCCGGACUCUACCCCUUGUACGAACACUCCCGCUUUUGUGAAAAUUGAAAAAUAGUGUGUGACAUCUGUUAUGGUGAAAAUUGAAAAAAAUAAAAAAUCUCGAAAAUUGGUCUUAUCUUUCGACUGGUCGGUCUGAGGCUCAUGGAAAUGGGGUUUAAAGGUCUUAGAAUUUUAGAGAUUAUAAUGAAACUAAACUUUGCCCCGAUAUCUCACGUAUCUGUCUUCGAAACAAAAGUUUUUUAUGAUGACUUAGCGUUUAGAGGCCUCGUUCUCAGAGUUGAUAGGCCAUGAUUUUGUCACCGUUGGAAUCCCCACAUCAUAGAGCGUUAUUUACAGAAAUAAAAAGGAUGUAUGUACAAGUAUGCAAAUUUUUCGAGCAAAUUCAAGAAUUUUGAGCCACUCUGAAAAAUACUUUUCAAAAGUAUGUCAUCAUGACCGAUUUAUGACAGAUUUACUGUUAUUUUUCCGAAUUCCCGGCAAACCAAGGAAAAAGUCAUGUUACAGUAACUCUGAAUCUGAUUUCAUGUGCAACGUUCCAAAAUCACCGGGCUACAGUAAUCCUUCCAUACGUUUCAGUAAGAUCGGAGAAAACAAAGCCAGUAAAGACGGAGUUGAAGAAGGAAUUAAUGGCUCCCAAUGAUAACCAGCAGGUUGGGUCAUCGAAGAUGCAAAUUAUCGAUGUUCAGUCUAAGGUAGGCACAGUGAAAGUAUUAUGUAAUGUUGAAGGAGAGCAUAGAGAUGAUGGAUAAAGUGAGCGAACUCAGCUCUUUACCGAAUAUUCUGUCACCAGUAAACAGGAAUAUGGUAGACUCACUUGAGCAGAGUGCCCAUCUGAAGGACGUAAUUCGAAGAUUGUACGUGAAGUUUGAUCCCGAAAAGUAUCGUCUUCCAAUGUUAAAGAAGUUGAAUACGACUGCAGAUGUAAUUCGAAGAUACGAACGUCCGAUCCCAUUAUUAACCUUCGAAGAUCAGUUGUCUGUCACUGUAGAAGGGACCGACUAA